AGAGAGCGUGAUUAAAUGUGGGAGGUAGACGCUGUGAGGCUGCCGGGGAGCGCAGCAGCUCUGAGCUGCGAACUACUGAAUGGGAUUCUACCCGGCAACUUCAGCAGACCGCCGUCUCCCGGCGACACAGGGGCUCUGCGUAAAACCAAGCGACGCGUCUCAAAGUCUGGGUCAGCCCAGCUCGCAGGCGGAGAGGACGCUCUACUCGGAUCGGGCGGGCAGUUUCUCACUUGUUACCGGCGCUCGGCUCCCACUAACAUGCCUGCCAUCAAGAAGGAGCGUCUGGAUGGAGACGACAUGGCACUGACCGCCUUCAACCAGUCCGAAUAUCUGGCCCCUUUAAAUGCGACCGCGAUCCCCGUGGUGACCCCGCACCCGCCGCCGUACGACCACAUUUUCGCCCAUCACCGCGCGUACUUGGGGCUCCACGACUCGGCGCUGCACCACCACCAGCACCUCCACCAUCACACGGACGACUUGAUGCUGGAGCGGUUUUCCUCCAUCCCGGACUUUCAGCCUUUUUUUGACAACGGGGAGCCCUGCAUCGAGGUGGAAUGCGGGGAAAACAAGGCUUUGCUUUAUAUUAAUAAACUGUGUCAAGGAAGUAAAGGACCCUCCAUUAAGUACAAAGGCGAGUGGCUGACACCCAACGAGUUCCAGUUUGUUAGUGGACGGGAGACCGCCAAAGACUGGAAACGGAGUAUAAGACACAAAGGGAAGAGUCUCAAGACUCUUAUGUCCAAAGGAAUCUUACAGGUGCAUCCUCCCAUUUGUGACUGUCCCGGCUGUCGAAUUUCAUCUCCAGUGAACCGUGGGCGAUUGGCAGAGAAACGCACCAUCCCCCUGCCUCCCAACCGAGUCCCCAAGAAGGAGCUGGCCUCCAUCUUCAGCAGUGACGACAGCGAAGGCAGUGAGCGGGCCAGCGCAGAUCAUGCUCAUAUCAAGCAAGAAGACGAGCUGCAUUACAACAUUAUGAGAAAAAGUCGUGACAGUGAUCUCUCUACAAUCAUCUCCAACUUGCAUCACACGAGGCAGCACAACAUACCUGAGAGUCAGUCGGCCUCUGACCACAACUCCAGCAGUGGACACACAGACGACCUUCUGGGCAAGAGGAGAAGCUUCUCUCCAAACAGCGAGUGUCCCUCUGAAAGGAAGAAGUCACGCAGCGUAUCCCCAAAAGAAAACCCGCAGAGUCCCGAGGUGGAGGCUGGGGGAAGCCAUAUAAGCCCCGAGGAGCACUACAGGCGGAUGAUGUCAGCACUCAGUGAACCGGGGUCCUAUGAGGAGCAGCAGCAGCGUCUCUUCCAGCUGGCAAGCAGCAUGGGACUUCCUGGCUACGACAUCCUGCGCGCUCGGCAGGAGGCGCUGGCGGCAGUGGUGAGGAACCCGGCGGCUCUGGAGGCUCACGUGCCCUCAGCGGGCAGCUCCUCCUCCUCAUCCAGCCAGAGACGCAAGCAGGGUCUACCGCAGCACCGUGACGCACAUUACACUGACAGAGAGCUGUCGCACCCGCCGCCUCUGCUGACGCCUCCUACAGCCCCUCACCUGGCGCUCGCACCCCACCUGCGGCCUCCGUUCCUGGGCAUGCCCGCUGCUCUCUGCUCCACCCCCGGUUACAGCUUCCUGCAGCCAGCGCAGGCGGAGGUUUUAGCUCGGCAGCAGGAGCUGCUGAGGAAGCAGAGCAUGGCCCGGCUGGAGAUGUCGGCCGAGCUGCUGCGACAGAAGGAGCUGGAGAGUCUCCACCAGCGUCUCCUGGGCCCUGACAUGGUCGCGGCUCUGCCCUCCGCGCUACCUGCCAAUCAUCCGGCUUUACGGAGCCUCCAGGAGCUCCCAGAAGGAAGCCCGCUCCGAGAGGAGCUGAUCCGGCGCUCCAUGCUAGCGCCACUCCUCAGCCAGCACCAGCAGCAGUACUCUUCCUCCUCCUCACCACCCAAGGACCACAAGGCCCAGAACUCGACUGCAGACGGUGACAGCAGGAAGACGCCGCCGACACAGACCCCCAGUGAGGACCAGACCAGGGAUGAGGAGAGGAGCUCAGACAGUGAGGCUGAGGUCUGCGAGGAACGUCGGAGCAGCAGGUCCAGUGGGGAGCAGACCAGGGUCCGAGAGACGGAGAGUCCGGACCGGCUGAGCGCCCCCAGCGGCUCGGCAGGAACAGAGUCACCGGGUCACCACCUUUUCCCGUCAGGACUGGGGAAGGCUGAGGUGAAGUACCAGCUGCCGCCAGGAUUCCUGCCACCUCUGCCAGCUCUCCACGCCCAGCUGCCGUUCGGCUUCCCGUACGCCGCCAACCCCUACUUCAUGGGCUCAGUGGGGGGCGUGUUGAUGGACGGCGACGGCUCAGCAGACGACAUCAGCAAGUGGAGCGUCGAGGACGUGUGUGGCUUCAUCAGCAGCCUGGCAGGAUGCGCAGAGUACACCCAGGUGUUUCGGGAUCAGGCCAUCGACGGGGAGACUUUACUGCUGCUCACUGAGGAGCACCUGUUGACCACCAUGGGACUGAAGCUGGGCCCUGCAGUUAAGAUCCACACACAGGUGGCGCGCCGGGUCGGAAGGCUCUUCUACAUGACCGGGUUCCCGCUGGCGUUCCCCUUCCCACCUUCUGCCUUGCGGCCUCCGGAACACGACGCCAUGCAGCUGCACAGACCGGAGUCCGCCAGCAGCAGUGACUCCUCGCCCAAACCAGAAAACGGCUCGACAGUUCUGAGCCAGUACGAGUCCAAGACCCCCUCGUAGGACUGGAGCAGCCACUCUGGAACACAAAGCAGAUCAGGACGCGAGUUCCUCUGUCGUCGCUACAGCCAAAGAGAGAUUCCUGAGGAGAUGGAGGACUCGCCGUCUGGAACUCGUCUCUGCAACUAUGCAUUCCACUGUCCCGAUACCAAAGAUGAGCGGACGUGUGGAAUCCAGCCGUGUUUCACUGCUGCGCUGCGUCCCAAGAUUGUGUCGACUACUGCAGGAGGAGAGACUCAGUGUAACAUAUUUGGAACCUUCUGAACUUGUCUUCAUGUAGAUGCACGAACAACUGGAUUCUUUACUGACUAAUGUGACUGGAUAGUACUUCUGUUGACUGGGCUCUAGCAAGAGGCUUCUACCUUCGAGGGAAAAUAUUUAUCGGACCGUGAGACCCCAAAGAUUCUUUGUUUUCACACAGAGAAGGAAGUGGACAGUGAGCUCUCACCGCACCGUUUUUUUUUUCUUUUUUUUUUUUUCAAACAACGCAAGCAAUUAAUGAAAAUGGUCUAGAUUUCCCUUCAAAGGUUGGUUUCAUCCUAUUUUUCUAUUCACCACACAGGUGAAAUAAAUCUUAUCAAACGACUCGACUCUCUUGGUUCUUACACCCUGUGACAUGAAAGGAACGACUUCAGACUACGAUGAACUAGAAGCUCUCACUGAGCUGAGGCACGUUGGGUACUGACCUCUGCAGGUUGGCUCCUGCUGACUCUGCAUCUGUGGAGAGAGAGAGAGAGAGAGAGAGGACAGGAAGAUGGAGGACAGGUUGUUUGACAGGAAACAUACAGCGUCUCACCGUGGCUCCUCUGGCUGCAGCCUCUCCAGCACCUGGCGAGCAAAUCGUGUCAGUGACAGAGAGACUGACAGAAAUACUGGGAUGAGACAG